AUGGCGAGGAGAGCCACUGGAGGCGUCGCUGGCCCGUGCAUCGUGGAGGAAAGUGGACCCGAGCGGCCGGAAUACUUGACAAGAGAGCAAGGCAUGUACCCUUCAAACUUCCCAAUAGAAGGCGAUUUGGUGCUCCUUUAUGGCUCACGAGAUAUCAUCGUUCCCUGCGUUUUAAAGAAGGGUGGAGUCUGCCGAACCAGGCUCGGCAACUUCGAACAUGCAGAUAUCAUGAGGACACCAAUAGGGCGGAAGGUUCAAGACCGGCGCAGCGGGAAGUGGCUCGUAGUACUCCGCCCCACCCCGGAUUUACAUACUCUGGCCCUUCGGCACAGAACACAAAUCAUUUACCAUGCUGAUAUAUCGCUGAUCAUGAGCCUCUUGGAUGUGUGUCCCGGCAAGACCAUAAUUGAAGCAGGGACUGGCUCUGGGUCUCUCACAUUUUCGCUGGCUGCGUCGUUGCGUCCCGGAGGCCGCCUGUUCACCUUUGAAUUUCACAAGCAACGGUGGCAAGAAGCCAGGGUUGAGUUCGACCUUCUUGGGAUCUCGACACAUGUCGAGGCCAUACACCGAGACGUAUGUGCGGAUGGAUUCUGCCAGAAUGUGGAGGCAAAUACAGCACCAGCUCCUACAGCGCCAGUAGCAGGAGCAGCCCAACAGCAGUGUGAGGAAUGUUUACCAAUGCCACAUUCAGCUGAUGGAGUAUUCCUUGAUUUGCCUUCUCCUUGGCUCGCCAUAAAGCACGCCAGUGUUGUCCUCAAGGGUGGAGGACGCCUGGUGACAUUUUCACCUUGUGUUGAACAAUUACACAAGACCCUUGCAGCGGCACAGGAACAUGGCUUCCAGGAUUUCCAGGCCUUUGAGAUUCUCGCCAAGCCCUGGGGGGCCUGCAUAUCCCGUCCAACACCAGACCAACGAAAACACCAAGAUGACAUAGAGGAAGGAGAUGCAUUCUAUCAUUUAAAGGCAGAAAAAAAAAGUGAGCAGGGAGCACAGGGCGGCCAGGUGCAGCAGCCCACACCAUUCCGAGACCUCCUUUCUCACUUCUUGCAACCGCCAUCUUCCCAACCGGUUAGCAGUCCCGGUUCGAGCCUACUUCAAGAGACUGAGGCAGCCGCUGUAGACGUACGCCGCAAGAAUACGCUACAUAUCAGCAGUUACCAUUAUCAAAUGCCGAUGAAGGGGCACACAGGUUAUGUGGCCUACUGUGUAAGGCCUAGCGAAGACGAAGAACUACAGCCUCUUCCCAAGCAGUGGGCAUCCACGGCGCCACGGAAUUGCAAACUGCUUGUUAUUUGUUAUAAUGAGUGA